CAGCUUUUGUAUACGCGGCCCCUACAUUCGAUUACCUAACUCGUCCUUAUCGAUUCGCAUUUGUUAGAGCAGAGCGUAUGCACAUUAGGUACCUUAGGUACGUAUCUAGCUCUAAACUCCAAUUGAGGACACCUUUUUUUGAACUCCAAAGCUGCUGGCGACUUAGCGCAUCUGAUAACAUCGCCAUUAUUCCUCAUCGUGAAGUGUGCAUGAGCACAACAUCCUCAAAAACAGACAGUCUCUCCUUUAUGAGGCCCUCUUCAGAAUAUCGUCAACAUGCGCUGGCUAUCUCUCCUCCUCUCGGUCACCCUUCCUUUCGGGUCCCUCGCUGCCAAGCAAUCAUCCUCAGCCGAUCGAUUCAGUGAAUUCCAUGCUAAAGCUCAAGCUUCUUCCCCAUUGAAGCUCGCUGACUCGUCCUACAAAAAGCUUACAUCGGUUCCGCGGGACUAUUCGGUUGCCGUACUCUUGACUGCUUUAGAUGCGCGCUUUGGUUGUCAGCUAUGCACAGACUUCCAACCUGAGUGGGAGGUGCUAGCAAAGAGUUGGACCAAGGGUGAUAAAAAUGGCGAAUCUCGUUUGAUUUUCGGUACUCUUGACUUCUCCAACGGAAGGGAUACUUUUAUAUCCCUUGGCCUUCAAUCAGCACCCGUGCUUCUCUUUUUCCAGCCCACGACUGGUCCACAUGCUGUCCCUACUGUCGAAGCUAUUCGCUAUGAUUUCACUGGACCUCAAACUGCCGAGAAAGUUCAUGAAUGGCUUGCCCGCCAUCUCCCCGAUCGUCCUCACCCGUCCGUGAGCCGGCCAAUUAAUUACAUUGGUUGGAUCGUAACAAUCGUCAGUAGCCUAGGCGUUAUUGGCGUUAUUUUCAAAGCUUGGCCGUAUAUAUUGCCCGUCAUUCAGAAUCGAAACGUCUGGGCAGGCCUGAGCUUGAUCGGCAUUCUUAUGUUCACCAGUGGUCACAUGUUCAACCAGAUUCGAAAAGUACCAUACGUCGCCGGCGAUGGACGUGGCGGUAUUAACUACUUCGCUGCUGGAUUCCAAAGCCAAUUUGGACUCGAGACACAAAUUGUCGCAUUCAUAUACGGUGUAUUGUCUUUUGCUACAAUCUCCUUAGCUGUGAAAGCACCAAGGACUCGAGACCCGAAGAUUCAGCAACUUACGGUUAUUGUCUGGGGUGUUAUUUUGGUCCUCAUGUAUAGCUUCCUACUUUCUGUCUUUCGGGUUAAGAAUGGCGGUUAUCCCAUCAAGCUCCCACCAUUCAUGUAAAGACCCACGCAACAACACCUAUGAAUAAUGACCAGGGGUUGUCGACUUAGUCUGGCAGAAAAGGAGAUGACCAUUACUAUACAUUAUGAAUCUGCCCGCCUAGUGCGUGUAAAUUGUGGGAUUUGUGAGGGAAUCCUCAAAAGUUAAAGGUUCUGGACGGAAAUGAAACGAAUGAAUACCUAACUAACGUUUAUGUGAUCACUGCGCCGUUUCAGACUAAAAUUUCGGACAAUCUCGUGGCCAUUACGCAUUCAAAAUUGAUGGGAGUGUGCUCGUUAAAGAAUCAGAAACCGUAGGUUCCUCAACUAAGAUAUGAACGGGGGAGGCUUGAGCUACUUAAUUGCCAAGAGGACCCUUAAGGCUCAGCUUUAUUCAGCUUAUCUUCAAUAGUAGCUACCAAAGAUAAAGGCAAUUAGUAUAAGUAGGUAUAUACACAUAACUGUUCUUGUUGUAGCUCGUUCCUAUAUUAAUAUACACAAAAUUGGUAUAUUUA